AUGCCUCGCUACACCAACUCCUUCCUCACCCUCGCCCUGGCCUACACCGCAACCCUCAUCGCCGCCCAAGCACCCACACCCGCCUACACCCCCAUCUACACCCCCAUCCCGAUGGACGACGAGACACCCAUCUACACCCCCACGGCCCCCUCUCCCUCCGCCUCCAACGUCCUCACCAUCCAAACCGACACCAUCGUCACCCUCCCCUCUCCCACCCUCCCUCCCACCCCCUCCCUCCCUCCCACCUCCAUGCCCAUGCCGACUGUCCCCACGCCCAGCGGCGGCUUCGGAAACGCGACGAGCACGCGCCCGGCGACGGUCCCGCUCGUCACGAUCGGCGCGGCGGGGAGGACGGAGAUGCUGGGCGGUGGCGUCGGGAUGGGGGUUGUCGUCGCGGGGGUCGUGGGCGGGUUCUUGGUUUAG